AUGGGGGCUAAGAAGUUGUUCCUUGGAACUUUCCUGCUUUUUGUGACAAUAUGGAUAGUUUCCGGACAGGAGGAGGAAUCUUGCGACCCUGUUAUGGUUCCAAAUAUCCCCAAAAGAAACGGAGACAACGGGUACAGGAUUCGAGUCGACAGGCUUCCCACUGACUAUGUGCCCGGCCAGGAGUAUCGGGAACUCAAGUUUAUCUUUAAGAGGUAUCCAAUGUGUGCCUGUAUCCAAUGGAAGAAGCGGCGUUUUAUAGGACUUCCCUUGCUUCUGGAUUGGAUGGCAGCGUCUUGUGUGCUAAAAAUUUAUUUCUUUCUAUCCUCCUUGAUUACAGUUCUACUACAGAGUACAACCCCAGUGUCUUUCAGAGAAUUCUUUCUUGUUGCAACCAAGGGCAGCGCUCCAAAUGAAGCUGCAGGAGAUUUUGUGAUCACGGACAGAUUAAAGGUACGUUUUUCGAGGACAUGCAGUCGUGCUCUGACCCACACCUUCUCUUCCAGUAAAACUUCUAUCUCGGCUCAAUGGCUUGCCCCGCCAGCUGGGGCGGGAUGUGUCAAUUUCAGAGCCGGUGUAAUACAGAAGAAGACUGUUUGGUUUGCUGAAGAUGGUGAUCUCACUCUUCAACUGUGUGAGAGAGAGAGUGCAGGAAAUGGUCCAGCCCCGCCUCCGACCCUUGACCCCCAUGCCUGCUGCGCCCCGCCCCAUGAAGAAGCCAAGUAUAGAUUCACCUUCGUUAGUACAUGGACUCCACAGACACAUCCAAGACAGUAUCCCACUGGGAACGGUAACCAUUGGUCUGAUUUGAUCGGAGCAUCUCACGGUUCAGACUAUACUAUCUGGGAGUACGGCCAGUAUGCAUCGUAUGGCAUCAAGAUGGUCGCUGAGUGGGGCAGCCCGUAUAGACUAGAGAGAGAAAUCAAAGAAGAGGGAGAUAAUGUCAAGACAGUGAUCUUCAGUCGAGGUCUGUUCCCUGCGUACGGUCCUAGACUACGUAACAUGACGUCCUACUUCAAGACCGAUUCCCAACGUAACCUCGUAUCAGCGGUCUCUAUGAUGGGUCCUAGCCCAGACUGGUGUGUCGGUAUCUCAAAGGAAAACUUGUGUACGGCAGACUGCGGCUGGGUCGAGAGAAAGGUUUUCUAUCUUCAGCCAUGGGAUGCAGGCACGGACAGUGGAAUCAUGUACAAUUCCAGCAAUUCUCCUUUGGAUCCACCCGAUCCAAUCCGUCCAAUCACAAGCUCCGAUCCAGACAACCCGAGGGCAUCCUUCUAUAACCCCAACGGAGGUCCCAUCGGGUCCUUAGCAACAGUCGUCAUUGAGAGAGUAUCAAUCCGUAACCGUAGUAACACAGAGACAGAGCACGGUACAGGAUCUCAAGGUGGAGUCCACGGAGGCAUGCCACCCAAGAAACCUAUGAUGGGUGGCAACCCCACAAUGCCACCAAAGGUCAUGGGACAACCUGACCCCACAAUGCCACCAAAGGUCAUGGGAGGUCAUGACCCCACAAUGCCACCAAAGGUCAUGGGAGGUCAUGACCUCACAAUGCCUCCUAAGGUCAUGGGACGACCUGAUCCCACGAUGCCUCCAAAGGUCAUGAGAGGUCGUGACCCCACAAUGCCCUCAAAGGUCAUGGCUCAAGAACCCACAAUGCCCCCAAAGCAGAUGGGAGUAAUUACCAUGCCACCAAAGACCAUUGAGAUUAUACCAGAAGGUGAUAUUCAAACCAUGCCUCCUAAAAGGAGAGGUAAAGUAGUAGACUGUAUGAUGACGGCCUGGGGUGAGUGGUCAGAGUGUUCCAAGUCUUGUGGGAAGGGUAAGAUGCUACGGCAGAGGAUGAUCAAGCAGAGACCUCGCAACGGAGGAGAGGAAUGCGGGCAAACCAAGGAGAGACAAUCAUGCAACGUGGCCAGAUGUACAUCGGUAGAUCGAGACUGUCGGAUGAGUGAAUGGGGGCCGUGGUCCGACUGCUCUGUAUCAUGCGGCGGUGAGAUGGGGAUUGAGUUCAGGAUGAGAGACGUCGCGAGGAGAGCGAGGGGUGACGGCGCCCCCUGUGAUCCGUUGAAGGAGAUGCGUGCCUGCUCAGCCAAUCCCUGCUGAUGACUGAGGAACAUCCUUUUUAUAACGAGAGACAUUUUGAUUUUCACACUCAAAAAAUGACAGAGACGGGUAAUUCCAUAACAGCCAUAUUGGAAUGCCAUAUUGAAAUGAUAACAGCCAUAUUGGAAUGAUAUAUCGAGGGGUCAGUGACACAAAGAGGCAACUCCAUUUUGGCCAUUUUGAGAAAAAGUUUAAAGAUAGAAGUCCCUGCCGGAUGACUCUGAAACAUCCUUUUUAUAGUGAGAGACAUUUUCACCAAAAAAAAUGACAGAGACGGGUAAUCCCAUAACAGCCAUAUUGGAAUCACAUAAUGAGGGGUCAGUGACACAAAGACAUAACUCCAUUUUGAGAAAAAGUGAUUUGAAGAUAGAGGUCCCUGCUGAUGACUCUGAUACAUCUUUUUUAUAAUGAGAGACAUUUUCACACCCCCCCCCCCCC